GGAUUCAGGAGACUCGGGUUGGCUCGUGUGCUCUCAGGGUGGAAGUUUUCCCAGGCGCCGGUUUUAGAUUCUGUCAGCGAGCAAGGGUGGGAGAAAAUAAAACAGUAGAGUUUUAUGAGCAGAAUGGAUGAUCCGUGCUUAUAGAGAAAUAUGUUCGAUGGUUAAAUCAGUGGAAUAGCGAGCAAAAUGGAUGAACUGGAAUAAUCCAGCUGAGAAGGAUCAUCUCUGGAGAUCGCCGUGUACACUGAGUGGGUUAAGUUAAAUCAAAUCAUCCUAACAUUAACAUUAGCAGGAUGGUCGUGUUAAUCAUCUAGCUAGCGAGCUGUUAGGACGUUAGAAGUAGACACAGCUUAUAAUGCGGUUUAAUGAGAAAGAGCUGGUGUUCCUGAGCCGCCAGCCGUCAGAGAGAGCGGCCGAGCUGAGCAUGAAGGGACCGAAGAAAGGAGACGUUAUGAAGAAGAGACUCGUCAAGCUUAUCGUCAAUUUCCUGUUUUACUUUCGCACCUAUGAGGAGGAGCCAAUUGGGGCUUUGCUUCUGGAGCAGUGUAGAGUCGAAAGAGAAAAUGAUCUCGCCUUCUCCAUCACUUUCCUAGAUGAGGCUGAGAGAAAGUACCUGUUUGAAUGUAAUUCUCGGGAGCAAUGCGUGGAAUGGAUGGAUGCUAUUGUAAAAGCCAGCUAUGAGUUUAUGCGCAAGAACCUCAUCUUCUAUCGAUCUGAGAUCCAUCGAAUGACUGGCAAGGACCCGUUGGAGCAGUAUGGGAUUUCAGAUGAGACACGCUUCCAGGUGAGCAAUGCGCUCCCUCCUCCACCUCCUUAACGACGCUCAUCAAGUCUGCGCGUCAAUCUGCUUUGUACAGAAUGUUUUCAUUUCAAACGAAUCGAUACACUGCUGAUAUUUUUCUCUUCAUGUGGUAUCAUGGGGCCACAACACUUUUCAUUUAAUUGUUAUGUGAGAAGGCAACUAUCGCUGUGUAUCUUUUAAUUAUCGUACUGUUAAGAAUGUGAGCUGAGAAUGAGCCAGUAGCAAUGUGUUUUGACAAGGUCAUUCUUUUUAUUCAUUUUCAGAGGUAGUUCUCUGUUAGUUUCACACGUAUCAG